AAACGGCAGCGCUUUCCGUCUCCCGCCUGACGCUCCGGAAGUGAGCGGCAGUGUUUGAACUGAGUGGCGGCGAAUAAGCACAAGUGAGAGUAUGAACUGCAAAGAGCUUAUGGAACAGUUUCAAAAGCCGUUUAAAAUUUUGCUUCAUGCAGUAACCCUGGGCACGUCGGGAGCUGCCAAGGCAUUUCAUAUUCUGCAGCGUAUGCAGUCAAAACAGCCUCUUCAUUGGAGAACCUUCUCAGAGACACUGUGCCGACCUGAACCAUUUUUGGAAGGGAAUGAGCAGAAGCUAAAUCUAAAGCCAUUAUUUUACCUUUUACCAGUACUGGUCAGAAGAAACCUCUUAUCUUUUCUUCACCUGGCCAGUAGCUAUGUGCCUAAAGACUGUCUGCAUCAUCUCAUCUCAGAGUUAAAGAAAAACUUGGAUACUGAUCUUUGGAUACAGAAAUUAAUUGACAUCUUGGAGCAGGACUUAGAAGGUAGACUUUGUUAUUUGAAGUCUAAUUCACAUUCAAACAGUUUUCAGAGACAAUUGAAAUAUCUCUGUCAAGAACUAGUUGGAAAUUCUGAAGGUUCUUCAAUUGCUGAUAAAAGGUUGGGUUGGUAUUGCAGUCAACAAAAUGUCAGCAAUGAUAAAUCAUCUGAAGGUACAGAAGACAUUGCCGCAUUAACACAGAACUCUAAAAAACGGAAAAGCGUUGUAAAAGAUGGAUCACUUUUGGAAGAUGAUGAGCAAAAUGUAACAAAGAAAAUAAAACGAGCAGAGGACGUUGUCUGUGUGGAACCUUUUAUUGCCAGUGAGAACCAGGAUGGAACUGCAUGCACGGAUCUUACUCCUACACACGCACAAAACAAAAUGGACAUUGAUGAGGUAGAACAGAAAACCUUUCUGAAAACAGAGCAAAACGUUGACCUGCCUGAACAUAUAAAGUAUUCGUUAUCCACGCUGAGAGAUAUAUUUGAAGCAGACUCAGAUAAGUUGGAAACACCUGAAGAAUUGAAUAUCCUGAAUGAGUGUAAUCCAAGCCAGCUGGAGAAACUCUGUUUAUUACUGAGGCUGCCAGAACUCUCAGAACACCAACUGCCCCUGGCCUGCAACAAACUGAUCUCCCUACCUUCUGAUCUCAGUUACAGCAAUGCAACUGUGCUUGCUCGGACACUCUUCUUGAAAAGGGUACUCUCACUGACUGAGCCUGCAUCACGAUUUCUAACAGCUGCCAUCACUUUGUUUUGCAAGAAAUAUCCACGCCCAACCGGCACUGCUGUGAUUGGGCCACUCCUUCAGACUCCUGACAUUGGAAAUGUUCAGGUGGAACUAAUUUGCAGGCUUACAGAAGAUUGCCUUGAACCAGACCAUUUAACAGUGACUUUUAGACAUAUCCUCUUGGUAACAUGGAGUGAAGAAGUACUUUCCGUGGUCCACAUGUUGCUUGAGAGAAAGGUAGAACUAACAUCUGAACUGUUUGAGCAAUUUAUUGAAAAGUUAAGCCAACAAGCUGAGAGAUUCAAGAAAUCGGUAAAAUAUGCCAAGGUGAUCCUAGCUACACUUACAAAGUACCCAACCUCUAUAACAAUCGUUCACAAGAACACGUUGUCCCAUGUUUUGGCAGUACAUACAACAUUUCUGAAGAAGUCAAUGCAGGCAGCACUAAAACAUAUUACCGUAUAACUUGUUUUAUGUUUAAUGUUGAACAGAAGUUGUUCAUUUUCUUGAUUGGAGUACAUGCUUCCAAAGGUCUGUAAUUCAACUCAAGAAUCAGAAUAGGUGAAGAUAACUCUGUGCAAGUCAUAAUAAUAAAUUGAUGUACUUUGUUGUGUGCAUUUGAAUACAAUUAAUUUCUGCCUUGCCCUUUGUUAGGAUGUUUCUGAUGGCAGCCACAAUAUCCUGAGUGGGAAGGAGAACAGCCAGAGGUCGUGGUACAUAUUGGUACCAACGACAUAGGUAGGAAAAGGGAGGAGGUCCUGAAAACAGACUACAGGGAGUUAGGAAGGAAGUUGAGAAGAAGAACCUCAAAGGUAGUAAUCUCGGACAAUGAGUAUAGGAAUAGAGUGAGGUGGAGGAUAAAUGUGUGGCUGAGGGAUUGGAGCAGGGGGCAGGGAUUCAGAUUUCUGGAUCAUUGGGACCUCUUUUGGGGAAGGUGUGUCCUGCACUUGAAUCCGAGGGGGACCAAUAUCAUGGCAGGGAGGUUUGCUAAGGCUAUUGGGGAGAGUUUAAGCUAGAAUUGCUGGGGGGUGGGAACUGACCUGAAGAGACGGAGAAAGGGGCGGUUAGCUCACAAAUCGAGAAAACUUGUAGACAGUGUGAGAGGGAGGAUAGGCAGGUGAAAGAGAAGGGAUACACUUAGACUGAUGGUUUGAGAUGUGUCUAUUUUAAUGCAGGGAGUAUCAUGAACAAAGUGUAUGAGCUUAGAGCCUGGAUCAGGACUUGGAGCUAUGAUGUUGUGGCCAUUGCAGAGACUUGGAUGGCUGAGGGGUAGGAAUGGCUACUUAAGAGUGCCAGGCUUUAGAUAUUUCAGAAAGGACAGGGAGGGAGGCAAAAGAGGUGGGGGUGUGGCACUGCCGAUCAGAGAUAGUGUUGUGGCUGCAGAAAAGGAGGAAGUCAUGGAGAGAUUGUCUACUGAGUCUUUGUGGGUGGAAGUUAAGAACAGGAAGGGGUCAAUAACUCUACUGGGUGUUUUUUUAUAGACCACCCUAUAGUAACAGGGACAUUGAGGAGCAGAUAGGGAGACAGAUUCUGGGAAGAUGCAAUAAUGACAGGAUUGUCGUAGUUGGAGAUUUUAAUUUCUCCAAUAUUGAUUGGCAUCUCCCUAGAGCAAGGGGAUUAGAUAGGGUGGAGUUUGUUAGGUGUGUUAAGGAAGGUUUCCUGACACAUUAUGUAGAUAAGUCUACAAGAGGAGAGGCUGUACUUGAUCUGGUAUUGGGAAAUGAACCUGGUCAGGUGUCAGGUCUCUCAGUGGGAGAACAUUUUGAAGAUAGUGAUCAUAAUUCUAUCUCCUUUACCAUAACAUUGGAGAGGGAUAGGAACAGACAAGUUAGGGAAGUGUUUAAUUGGAGUAAGGGGAAAUAUGAAGCUAUCAGGAAGGAACUUGGAAGCAUAAAUUGGGAACAGAUGUUCUCAGGGAACUGUUUGGCAGAAAUGUGGCAAAUAUUCAGGGGCUAUUUGUGUGGUGUUCUGCAUAGGUACAUUCCAAUGAGACAGGAAAAGAAUGGUAGGGUACAGGAACCAUGGUGCCCAAAGCCUGUUGGAAAUCUAGUCAAGAAGAAAAGCUUACAAAAGGUUCAAAAAACUAGGUAUUGGUAGAGAUCUAGAAAAUUAUAAGGCUAGUAGGAAGGAGCUUAAGAAUGUAGGCAAGCCAGAAGGGGCCAUGAGAAGACAUUGGUGGACAGGAUUAAGGACCCCCCCCCCCCAAGGCAUUUUACAAGUAUGUGAGGAGCAACAGGAUAAGAUGUGAGAGAAUCGGACCAAUCAAGUGUGACAGUGGAAGUAUGUAUGGAACUGGAGGCGAUAGAGGAGGUACUUAAUGAAUGCUUUGCUUCAGUAUUCACUAUGGAAAGGACCUUGGCGAUUGUAGGGAUGACUUACAGCAGACUGAAAAGCUUGAGAAUAUAGACAUUAAGAAAGAGGAUGUGAUGGAGCUUUUGGAAAGCAUCAAGUUGGAUGAGUCACUGGGGCCAGACGAGAUAUACCCCAGGCUACUGUGGGAGGAGAUUGCUGAAUCUCUGGCAAUGAUCUUUGCAUCAACAGGGACGAGAGAGGUUCCAGAGGAUUGGAGGAUUGCGGAUGUUGUUUCCUUAUUCAAGAAAGGGUGUAGAGAUAGUUCAGGAAAUUAUUGACCAGUGAGUCUUACUUCAGUGGUUGGUAAGUUAAUGGAGAAGAUCCUGAGAGGCAGGAUUUAUGAACAUUUGGAGAGGCGUAAUAUGAUUAGGAAUAGUCAGCAUGGCUUUUCAAAGGCAGGUUAUGCCUUAUGAGCCUGAUUGAAUUUUUUGAGAAUGUGACUAAACACAUUGAUGAAGGUAGAGCAGUAGAUGUAGUGUGUAUGGAUUUCAACAAGGCAUUUGAUAAGGUACCCCAUGCAAGGCCUCUUGAGAACAUAAGGAGGCAUGGGAUCCAAGGGGACAUUGCUUUGUGUAUCCAGAAUUGGCUUGCCCACAGAAGGCAAAGAGUAGUUGUAAAUGAGUCAUAUUCUGCAUGGAGGUCGGUGACCAGUGGUGUGCCUCAGGGAUCUGUUCUGGGACCCCAUUUCUUCAUGAUUUUUAUAAAUGAGCUGGAUGAGAAAUUGGAGGGAUGGGUUAGUAAAUUUGCUUAUGACACAAAGGUUGGCGGUGUUGUGGAUAGUGUGAAGGCUGUCAGAUGUUACAGCCGAACAUCGAUAGGAUGCAAAAAUGGGCUGAGAGGCGGCAGAUGGAGUUCAACCCAGAUAAGUGUGAGGUGGUACAUUUUGGUAGGUCAAAUAUGAUAGCAGAAUAUAGUAUUAAUGGCAAGACUCUUGGCAGUGUGGAAGAUUAGAGGGAUCUUGGGGUCCAUGUUCAUACGACACUCAAAGGUGCUGCGCAGGUUGACUCUGUGGUUAAGAAGGCAUACGGUGUAUUGGCCUUCAUCAACCAUGGGAUUGAGUUCAAGAGCCAAGUGGUAAUGUUACAGCUGUAUAGGACCCUGGUCAGACCCCACAUGGAGUAUCGUGCUCAGUUCUGGUCACCUCACUACAGCAAGGACGUGGAAAUAAUAGAAAGGGUGCAGAGGAGAUUUACAAGGACAUUGCCUGGAUUAGGGAGUAUGCCUUACGAGAAUAGGUUGAGUGAACUUGGCCUUUUCUCCUUGGAGCGAUGGAGUAUAAAGGUGUAUAAAAUAAUGAGAGGCAUUGAUCAUGUGGAUGGUCAGGCUUUUUCCCCCAGAGCUGAAAUGGCUAACAUGAGAGGAUACAGUCUUAAGGUGCUUGGAAAUAGGUAUAGAAGGGAUGUUAGGGGUUAAGUUUUUUUUAAUGCAGAAUGAGAGUGUGUGGAAUGAGCUGUCAGCGACUAGUGGAAGCAGAUACAAUGGGGUCUUUUAAGAGACUCCUGGAUAGGUACAUGGAGCUUAGAAAAAUAGAGGGUUAUGGGUAACCCUAGGUAAUUUCUAAAACAAGUACAUGUUCAGUAUAGCAUUGUGGGCUGAAAGGCCUGUAUUGCACUGUAGGUUUUCUUUACUUCUAUUUGCACUGGAACUCUAAUUGCUUUACAAAUGUAUGAAGAGAAUGUGAGAUUUGUUUACAAUUUAUCCUUUGAAGGAAAAGAACUAUGGAGUUACUGAAUAAUGUUGCCAUAUUGCUUGUCCUAAGAAAAUACUGUAGUAACUAUUGAACAUUUGCUAAUACUGAGUAUUAAAUAUUUUAAGUGAAAGUUGUAGAUGCUUAGAGCAAGCAGUUACUGUAAGUUAGUCCUGUGCUUAAUGGAAAGGCCAACUAACACAUUAAGUGUUAUUAAAAUUAACAAUUUGAAACAUUUAAUCAAGGACAAUUCCAGGGCAGUUUAAGAUACUGAUAAGCCAACUACACUUUGUGUGAAUCUGGAGCUGAGAACUUCAUUCCUUAGCAACCCUAUUCUCUACAGUAAAUGACUACUGCCAUCGUGUGGAAGAAGUGAUUUAUACAAAAAGGCACAACAGUUCAGAAUUGAGCUUUGAACUCCAAUGCCCUGAGCUGUAAUAAUGUCAUGUUAACCACUACACUACCAAUGGUGCCCUUACACCUUCUGUCAGGGUGAAGAAGCAUUAAAUUUUUUUAGGCUGGAGGUACAGCUAGUGUUCAUUCAAACAGGAUAAGAUAUAGGAUAAUCUGCUCGAUCAUUUUAUAAUGGUAGAUUUAUUAUCCCUCUCAACCACAUUCUGCUACCUUUCCCCUGCAACUUUUAACCCCCUUACUAGUCAAGAAUCUAUCAACCUUUGCUUUAAAUAUACAUGAUGAUUUUGCCUCUACAGCCAUCUGUGGUAAUAAAUUCCACAGAUUCACCCUCCUCUGACUAAAGAAAUUCCUCAUCUAUUAUAAAGGGUCAUCCUUCUACGGUGAGGCUGUGCCCUCUUGUCCUAGACUCCCCCCCCCCAUAAGAAACAUCUCCACAUCCACUCCAUUAACAUCUUUCAAUAAUCAUAGAUUUCAAUAAGAUUCCCCUCAUUCACCUAAAUGCUGGAGACAACAGGCCCAGAGCCAUCAAACACUCUUCAUACAUAUAUCUUAAAAAUAUGUGUUGGCAAUGCUAUGGGUUCAGAGAAGGUUCACAGAAAGGAUUACUGUAGAGGCCCAAGUCUGCUCACAAAACUGUAAGGGCAGAGAUUUGUGGAUGUUUUUUGGAAGCAAGGUAUUAUGAUAGCACAAAAAAUGAUGGUAAAGAUUGUUGGAUAGAUUAUUCUUGAAGGGCUGAUUGCCCUAAUCCUACUUUGAUCUUCUGGUUGGACUUUUCCAACUUUGUCCACCAAACCAACUAUGAAAGAAUCUUCACAAAUAUCCAUAUUGGCCUUUCACACCUUGAGAAAUCAAAUCUUCCUGUGUAAAAAUACAAAUAGCAGGCUUUACAUUGGUUACUGCUGUGAAAUGAGGAACCCCUUCUGGUAACAAAAAUGUUGGAGGGUCGCAGUAGCUCAGGCAACAUAUAUGAAGCAGCAUAAACAGUUGACAUUUCAGGCCUUGACCUUCAUUGGCACUCAGUAUAAAGAGGGAGCCAAAAGAAAAAUUGCUUUAUGGAGAGAACCAGUUCCACUAGAUGCAGGUUGCGGGUGGAGAGGAACUGGUUAGGUCUGUUGUCCAAAAAGAAAUGGAGAGCUUUAAGGCCUUCCUGAUAAGGGUUUGCGGGUAGUGGUGGUUGAUUUGUAUAGACAAUGUCCUGUGGAAAUAAGGCAAUCAGCAUCACAAAACAAAAUGAUUCAAGUGAUGGAAAGCAUAUGAAGUAUCACAGAUGUAAGUAGGAAGGGGGACAAAAUGGAGUCAAGGAAUGCAGGCAUGUGUCUACUGAGACAGUUGGGUUUGUGGAUCUUGGGUAGAAAGUAGAAACAAGCAGUGCAGGAACAAUGGAGGUUGUUGGCAAUGGAUCUCCAGAGUCUAGGGCAGGGGUUUCCAACCUGGGUCCACAGCCCCCUUGAUUAAUGGUGAAGGGUCCAUUGCUUAUAAAAGUUGUGAACCCCUGGUCUAGGAGGUUGGUGAUGGUGUGGGAAGACAGGAGCCUGAUGCUCAUUAGUGCAGUCCUGUUAAAGGGGUAAAUAAGAGAAGAUAUCUGAGUGCUGCUGUUUGGCCUCAGCAGAGAGGAGUUUGUCAGACUGCAACAGCACCCUCUUGUCAGUAGGUCUGAUGGUGAGGUAGGGAUUGGUGCAGACAGCUCAGUGUGAUCAGAAGGGGUGAAUUUCAAAUAAAGUGGAGUUCUUAAGGUUGAGACAGUUGUAGAUGAAAAGAUCCAGCAGGCUGAUGGCCAGGAAGAGGGUAGGAAAUCUAGGCUCAGGGAUGAAGGUGACAAAAGAGAUCAGCAUCAUGGCAGGUGUGGAACUCAGAUAUGGACAGAGGGGCACAAAGGCAAGGCCCUUGUUGAUGCUGCUUAACAAGAGCCCAUGGGAUUACAGGAAAGGUACUAGCAUGGAUAGAGGAUUGGCAGGAGGCCAAGAGUGGGAAUAAAUGGGGCCUCUUCUGGUUGACUGCCGGUGACUCGUGGUGUUCUGCACAGGUCAGUGUUGGGACUGCUUUUUUGUUACAUGGCAGUGAUUUGGAUUACAGAAUUAAUGGCUUUGUGGCCAAGUUUACAGAGGGUACAACGAUUGGUGGAGGGGCCAGUGGUGUUGAAGCAAGAAGCUACAGGACUUAGAUUAGGAGAAUGGGUAAAGAAGUUGCAGGUGGAAUAAUGUCAGGAAGUGUAUGGUCUAAUUCUUUGUUAGAAGGAAUUAAAAAAAAAAGCAUAGACUAUUUUCCAAAUGGGGAGAAAAUUCAAAAAUCUGAGAUGCAAAGGAACGUUGGAGUUGAAGGUUAGGCUUGCAGGCUGAGUUGGUAGUAUGGAAAGCAAAUGCAAUGCAAAAGCAAGGAUGUAAUGUUGAAGCAUUAAGGCACUGGAGAGGCCUCAUUUGGAGUAUAGUGAGCAGUUUUAGGCCCCUUAUCUAAAAGGAUAUGCUGAUAUUGGAGAGAGUUCAGAGGUUCACAAGAAUAAUUCCGGGAAUGAAAGGGUUAUCCUACGAGUAGCGUUUGGUGGCUCUUGGCCUGUACGUGCUGGAAUUUGGGAGAGUGGGGUGCAAAUCUUAUUGAAACCUAUCCAGUGUUGAAAGACCUUGAUAGAGUGGAUGUGGAGAGGAUGUUUCUUAUAGUGGGUUGGGGGGUGAAGAAAAUUUUUAAAAAAUAAAUCAGGAUUAGAGAAUAUAACCCCAGAAUAGGGUUUACAUUUAGGUUAGAACAGAGAUGAAAAGGAAUUUCUUCAGCCAGAUAGUAAAUCUGUGACAUUCAUUGCUGUGGAAGACAGUUCAUUGCGUGUAUUAAGGCAGAGGUUGAUAGGUUCUUGAUUAGUCAGGGUGUGAAAUGUUUGGUGAGAAGGCAUGAGAAUGGGGGAGGGGAAAUGGAACAGCCAUGAUGAAAUGGCGCAGCAGACUUAAUGGGCCAAAUAGUCUAAUACUACUCCUGUAUCUUAUGGUCUUAUGAGAGUGUGUUCUGCCUCAGAUCCAGUGGAGGGUGAAGUGUUGGAGAGAUAGUGAAGAGUGAGGCCCAGGGCUGUGGCAGAGAGAGCACCAACAGAUAUCUCAACAUAGUGGUGAGUGUGGUGUAUAGAAUCCAGGAGAAGCAGUCAAUAGAGUACAGGUUCCUAGCCCCAAACUGGGAGGCCUGGCUACAGAACUGGGAGGUUUGUUUUGGACAUAUUUGAAGAGGGGUCCAAGAUGGUGACUGACAACUUCCCAGGAAAAAUAUGAGGGGUGAUUGACAACUUCGUGGCUUAAGGUAGAAGGAGUCAAUUUUAGAAAACCUAGCACAUUUAUUUUUCAACAUAGUCCCCUCCUACAUUUACACACUUGGGUCAGCAGUCGUGGAGCAGGUGAUUGAUAAGUUCGUGGCCGAGGAUAGAAGGGGAUGAGUUAUACAGCUCUCAUUACAUACACGUGCAGUUCAACUCAGUGAUUAUGCAGAGAGUUUGAAGGAGGGUUUUCUCAUAGCUGGACAGAUGUUUUAGUAUGGCAGGUCUUUGAAUAGGAGCACUUGGUCAGCCACAAAACUUAGAAGGGCAUCUCAAUUUCAGCCUUGCAGGACAGCAACAGCUUCCCUUCCCUUGCUACAAGUUAAAUUUUUAAAGUUGUGUAACAAUGCAGAAAGUAUUUUCAAAUGGUUUCAUUUACUAUCAGAGAAUGUAUACAAUAUACAACCUGAAAUUCUUGCUCUUCAGAUAUCCAUGAAAUCUGAAUACCCCAAAGAACAAGUGACAGUAAAAAUGUAGAACCCCAAAGUCCCCUUAUCACCCCAAGAACAAGCAGCAAAGCAUCAGCACCCACAUCUACCAAGCAGGCAAUUAGCAAAGCCCCAAAGAGAUACCAUGAUCUGCAGUACAACAAAAAAUUCACCAGACAAUUCAACAUACCACAGGCUCUCUCCUGCUAAAAGGACAGGUGUCACAGCAAGAGGGGAGAUGAACAAAAACAACUUGCUGAUUAUGAUGUUGAAGUCUGCUGCAUCACACACAUUCAGCAAUGACUUAUCAUAAA